AUGGCGGACCCAUCGGACCUGAACCUGGACGCGCCUAGCGACCUCCAGGACAUUCCUGAGCUGGCUAUGCAAUUGCUUCCCCCACCUGAAGGAACAUACCCUGAUAAGGCAUCCCUCCUUACUGCCGUCCAAAGCCAUGGCAAAGCCCACGGCUACAACGUGGUGGUCAAAUCCUCGAGUACUCCUACAGAAAAGAAACCAGGUCGAACUGCAAAGGUGUGGCUGCGCUGCGAUCGUGGUGGUCACUACCGGCCUCGGAAUGGACUCACUGAGGAGACUCGAAAACGCCGCCGAACUUCCCGAUUGAUGGACUGCCCUUUCAUGCUCGUCGCAGCUGGUUCCCCGGGAAUCUGGAGCUUGACUGUCUUGAACCCCACUCAUAAUCAUGGACCUAUUAUAGAUAAACCUCGACAGCCGCCUCAUCAUAAGGUGCGCAAGGGUCAACUGGCUGCUACGCCCUACGAUUGGCCCCAUGACUGUACCUUUACUCCUUACACGACUGCUCUUGUCAUUAUUGACAUGCAAAAAGACUUUUGUGCUAUUGGUGGAUACAUGCAUUAUCAGGGAUACGAUAUCUCUCCUGCCCAAGCUCUCAUUCCCAAGUUGCAGCACCUACUACAAGCGUUCCGCUCUGCCGGUUUCCCAGUGUAUCAUACUCGUGAGGGCCACCGAUCAGAUUUGUCGACUCUCUCCAGUCGCGAGGCAUAUCGUUCGCGCAACAACGCUACUGGUCUCGGCAUUGGCUCUCCAGGUCCUAUGGGCCGUCUGCUCAUCCGCGGCGAGAUGGGUCACGACAUUGUAGAUGAACUGUACCCUAUUCAAGGCGAACCAGUCAUUGACAAGCCCGGCCGCGGCGCUUUCACAUACACUGACUUUGAGCUACUCCUUCGCAACAAAAAUAUCAAGAACCUCGUCAUUGCAGGCGUCACAACCGAUGUAUGCGUCUCCACCACCAUGCGUGAGGCCAAUGACCGUGGAUUCGAUUGUGUGGUGCUGGAGGAUGGCACCGCAGCUGCUGAGCCUGCUCUCCACACGGGCACCAUGGAGUCCGUCAAGAUGGAGGGUGGCAUCUUCGGCUCCGUCGCCAAGCUCCAGGACGUGGUUGAAGCUGUUGAAAACUUCAAGGUUGCGACCAUGAAGAAGCAACCUCCUCAGAUGCAAGGUUAA